AUGUCGCCAUUGGCCACGGGGGACAUUAGAGAUGCCCAGUGUGGGUUCCUGGAAGCAGCCGUGGGCCUGGCCAUCCCUUCUCUCCGCUUCUCCGGGCUUGUGGGGGGCGGGUGCUUCUCUGGUACCAGAGCUGGUAGUGGCACCCAGCGAUGCAGGAGCUCACCUGCCGAGGGGUCUUUGGAGAAUCAGCUGGAAACAGGAGAAUCCAAGCACAUGUCCCACCGUGGGGUCACCGAGGAGAAGGCAAAUGACGUGGCCCCCUAUUUCAAGACGGAGCCGGUGCGGACGCAGGUGCACCUCGAGGGGAACCGCCUGGUGCUCACCUGCAUGGCUGAGGGCAGCUGGCCGCUGGAGUUCAAGUGGCUGCACAACAGCCGGGAGCUGACCAAGUUCUCCCUGGAGUACAGGUACAUGAUCAGCAGCCUGGACCGCACCCAUGCUGGCUUCUACCGCUGCAUCGUGCGCAACCGGAUGGGUGCCCUGCUGCAGAGGCAAACCGAGGUGCAGGUGGCCUACAUGGGGAGCUUUGAGGAGGGCGAGAAGCGCCAGAGCGUCUCCCACGGAGAAGCCGCUGUCAUCCGCGCCCCCCGCAUCGCCAGCUUCCCGAGGCCGCAGGUGACCUGGUUCCGGGACGGCCGCAAGAUCCCGCCCAGCAGCCGCAUAGCCAUCACCCUGGAGAAUACCCUGGUCAUCCUGUCCACGGUGGCUCCGGACGCCGGCCGCUACUACGUGCAGGCUGUGAACGACAAGAACGGGGACAACAAGACCAGCCAGCCCAUCACUCUGGCCGUGGAGAAUGUAGGGGGGCCUGCUGACCCCAUCGCCCCAACCAUCAUCAUUCCUCCCAAGAACACCAGCGUGGUGGCCGGGACCUCGGAGGUGACCAUGGAGUGCGUGGCCAACGCCAGGCCCCUGAUCAAGCUGCACAUCCUUUGGAAGAAGGAUGGGGUGCUGCUGUCAGGCGGUAUCAGCGACUACAACCGCCGGCUCACCAUCCCCAACCCCACGGGCAGCGACGCCGGCUUCUACGAGUGCGAGGCCGUGCUGCGCAGCAGCAGCGUCCCCUCCGUCGUCCGUGGAGCCUACCUGUCUGUGCUGGAACCACCUCAGUUUGUCAAGGAGCCAGAGAGACACAUCACAGCAGAGAUGGAGAAAGUGGUGGACAUUCCCUGUCGAGCCAAAGGUGUGCCCCCGCCCUCCAUCACCUGGUACAAGGACGCGGCCGUGGUAGAGGUGGCGAGGCUGAGCCGCUUCCGGCAGCGCGGGGACGGGGGCCUGCAGAUCAGCGGGCUGGUGCCCGACGACACGGGCAUGUUCCAGUGCUACGCCCGCAACUCCGCCGGCGAGGUGCAGACGUCCACCUACCUGGCCGUCACCAGCAUCGCCCCCAACAUCACCAGGGGUCCCCUGGACAGCACGGUGAUUGACGGCAUGUCCGUGGUGCUGGCCUGUGAGACGUCAGGGGCCCCGCGGCCGGCCAUCACCUGGCAGAAAGGGGAGCGCAUCCUGGCCAGCGGCUCCGUCCAGCUGCCUCGCUUCACGCUCCUGGAGUCGGGCAGCCUGCUCGUCAGCCCCGCGCGCAUCUCCGACGCCGGCACCUACACCUGCCUGGCCACCAACUUCGUGUGGGCCCGGACCCGCAUCACCAGGCCGCCCCAGGACCAGAGUGUCAUCAAGGGCACCCAGGCCUCCAUGGUGUGUGGCGUGGCCCACGACCCCCGGGUGACCAUCAGGUACGUGUGGGAGAAGGACGGGGCCGCCCUGGGCGUGGAGAACAGCCCCCGUGUCCGCCUGGACAAGAACGGCUCCCUGCACAUCACCCAGACGUGGUCGGGGGACAUCGGCACCUACACCUGCCGGGUGCUCUCCGCCGGAGGCAACGACUCGCGCAGCGCCCACCUGCGGGUCAGGCAGCUGCCUCACGCACCCGAGCACCCAGUGGCCACGCUGAGCGCCUCCGAGAGGCGGGCCAUCAACCUGACCUGGGCCAAGCCCUUCGAUGGCAACAGCCCCCUGAUCCGCUACGUCCUGGAGAUGUCGGAGAACAACGCCCCCUGGGCCGUGCUCCUGGCCAGUGUGGACCCCGAGGCUACCUCGGUGGUGGUCAAGGGCUUGGUCCCGGCACGCUCCUACCAGUUCCGCCUCUGCGCCGUCAACGACGUGGGGAAAGGCCAGUUCAGCAAGGACACGGAGAGGGUCUCGCUCCCCGAGGAGCCCCCCACCGCCCCUCCGCAGAACGUCAUCGCCAGCGGCCGGACCAACCAGUCCAUCAUGAUCCAGUGGCAGCCGCCCCCCGAGAACCACCAGAACGGCCUCCUCAAGGGCUACAUCAUCAGGUACUGCCUGGCCGGGCUGCCCGUCGGGUACCAGUUCAAGAACAUCACGGAUGCUGACGUCAACAACCUGCUGCUGGAGGACCUCAUCAUCUGGACCAACUACGAGAUCGAGGUGGCCGCCUACAACAGCGCCGGGCUGGGCGUGUACAGUGGCAAAGUCACCGAGUGGACGCUGCAGGGAGUCCCCACGGUCCCUCCGGGCAACGUGCACGCAGAAGCCACCAAUUCCACAACCAUCCGCUUCACCUGGAACGCCCCCAGCCCCCAGUUCAUCAACGGCAUCAACCAGGGCUACAAGCUGAUCGCCUGGGAGCCGGAGCAGGAAGAGGAGGUUACCAUGGUGACCGCCCGGCCCAACUUUCAAGACAGCAUCCACGUGGGCUUCGUGUCGGGCCUGAAGAAGUUCACGGAGUACUUCACGUCCGUGCUGUGCUUCACCACCCCCGGGGACGGGCCCCGCAGCAGCCCGCAGCUGGUGCGCACCCUGGAGGACGUGCCUGGGCCUGUGGGGCACCUGAGCUUCAGUGACAUCCUGGACACCUCGCUGAAGGUCAGCUGGCAAGAGCCGGGGGAGAAGAACGGCAUCCUCACAGGGUACCGGAUCUCCUGGGAGGAGUAUAACCGCACCAACACACGCGUGACACACUACCUGCCCAACGUGACCCUGGAAUACCGCGUGACGGGCCUCACUGCGCUCACCACCUACACCAUCGAGGUGGCCGCCAUGACCGCCAAGGGCCAGGGCCAGGUGUCUGCCUCCACCAUCUCCUCCGGGGUGCCUCCAGAACUCCCAGGCGCCCCCACCAACCUGGGCAUUUCCAACAUCGGUCCCCGCUCCGUGACCUUGCAGUUCAAGCCUGGCUACGACGGGAAAACCUCCAUCUCCCGCUGGCUGGUGGAGGCCCAGGUGGGCGUGGUCGGGGAGGGAGAGGAGUGGCUGCUGGUUCACCAGCUCACCAACGAACCAGAUGCCCGCUCCAUGGAGGUGCCCGACCUCAACCCCUUCACCCACUACAGCUUCCGCAUGCGCCAGGUGAACAUCGUGGGCACCAGCCCUCCCAGCCAGCCUUCUAGAAAGAUCCAGACCCUCCAGGCGCCCCCCGACAUGGCCCCGGCCAACGUGACCCUGCGCACGGCCAGUGAGACCAGCCUGUGGCUCCGCUGGACGCCUCUCCCGGAGAUGGAAUACAACGGGAACCCCGAGUCGGUGGGCUACAAGAUUAAAUACAGCCGGGCAGACGGCCACGGCAGGGUGCUGAGCCAUGUGGUCCUGGACCGUGUGGAGCGGGAGUACACCAUCGAGGACCUGGAGGAGUGGACGGAGUACCGCGUCCAGGUCCAGGCCUUCAACGCCAUCGGGAACGGGCCCUGGAGCCAGAUGGUGAUGGGCAGGACGCGGGAGUCAGUCCCGUCCUCGGGCCCCACCAACGUGUCUGCGCUGGCCACCACCUCCAGCAGCAUGCUGGUGCGCUGGAGCCCGGUCCCCGAGGCCGAGCGCAACGGGCUCCUGCUGGGCUACAAGGUGCUGUACAGGGAGAAGGACUCGGACCCCCAGCCCCGGGUCUGGCUGGUGGAAGGGAACGCGUCCCUCAGCGUCCAGCUCACGGGCCUGGGCAAGUACGUGCUCUACGAGGUCCAGGUGCUGGCCUUCACGCGCAUCGGGGACGGCAGCCCCAGCCGCCCCCCGGUCCUGGAGCGGACGCUGGAUGACGUCCCAGGGCCACCCAUGGGCAUCCUCUUCCCAGAGGUGAGGACCACGUCCGUGCGGCUGGUCUGGCAGCCCCCCGCGGCCCCCAACGGCAUCAUCCUCGCUUACCAGAUCACACACCGGCUCAACGCCACCACCGCCAACACGGCCUCCGUGGAAGUGCUGGCACCCAGCGCCCGCCAGUACACGGCCACCGGCCUCAAGCCGGAGUCGGUCUACCUGUUCCGCAUCACCGCCCAGACCCGCAAGGGCUGGGGCGAGGCCGCUGAGGCCCUGGUGGUGACCACCGAGAAGAGAGACCGCCCACAGCCCCCCAGCAAGCCCGUGGUGCGGCAGGAGGACGUGAAGGCACGCAGCGUGCUGCUGUCCUGGGAGCCGGGCAGCGACGGGCUGUCCCCCGUGCGCUACUACUCCGUCCAGACCCGCGAGCUGCCCAGCGGCAGGUGGGCGCUGCACUCGGCCUCCGUGAGCCACAACGCCUCGGCCUGCGUGGUGGACAGGCUCAAGCCCUUCACGUCCUACAAGUUCCGAGUGAAGGCGACCAAUGACAUCGGGGACAGUGAGUUCAGUGAGGAGUCGGAACCGCUGACCACCCUGCAGGCCGCCCCCGACGAAGCGCCCACCAUCGUCUCGGUGACACCCCACACCACCACCUCCGUGCUGAUCCGAUGGCAGCCACCGGCCGAGGACAAGAUCAAUGGCAUCCUCCUGGGCUUCCGGAUCCGGUACCGCGAGCUGCUGUACGAGGGUCUGAGGGGCUUCACGCUUCGUGGCAUCAACAACCCGGGGGCCAGGUGGACAGAGCUGACCUCCUUGUUCUCCAUGCGGAACCUGAGCCGGCCCAGCCUCACGCAGUACGAGCUGGACAACCUGAACAAGCACCGGCGCUACGAGAUCCGCAUGACCGUGUACAACGCCGUGGGCGAGGGGCCCCUGAGUGCCCCACAGGAGGUCUUCGUGGGGGAGGCAGUGCCCACGAUGGCGCCCCGCAACGUGGCCGUCCACGGCCCCACGGCCACACAGCUGGACGUGACGUGGGAGCCUCCCCCACUGGAGAGCCAGAACGGAGACAUCCAGGGCUACAAGAUUUAUUUCUGGGAGGCCCAGCGGCGGAACCUCACCAACCUGACCGGCUACACCACCUACAUGGUCAGCGUGGCGGCCUUCAACGCCGCGGGGGAAGGGCCUCGGAGCACCCCCACCCGGGGCCAGACCCAGCAAGCAGCCCCCAGUGCUCCCAGCUCGGUCAAGUUCAGCGAGCUGACCACCACCUCAGUGAACGUGUCCUGGGAGGCCCCGCAGUUCCCCAACGGCGUCCUGGAGGGCUACCGGCUGGUGUACGAGCCCUGCACCCCCGUGGACGGAGUCAGCAAGAUCGUGACGGUGGACGUGAAGGGGAACAGCCCCCUGUGGCUGAAGGUGAAGGACCUGGCGGAGGGCAUGACCUACCGGUUCCGCAUCAGAGCCAAGACCUUCACCUACGGGCCCGAGAUCGAGGCCAAUGUCACCACGGGCCCGGGCGAAGGUGCCCCGGGACCGCCUGGAGUGCCCAUCAUCGUGCGGUACAGCUCCGCCAUCGCCAUCCACUGGUCCAGCGGAGACCCCGGCAAAGGGCCCGUCACCCGCUACGUCAUAGAGGCCAGGCCGUCAGACGAGGGGCUAUGGGACAUCCUCAUCAAAGACAUCCCCAAGGAGGUGACCUCCUACACGUUCAGCAUGGACAUCCUGAAGCCGGGCGUGAGCUACGACUUCCGGGUCAUUGCAGUCAACGACUACGGCUUCGGCACCCCCAGCAGCCCCUCCCAGUCGGUGCCAGCCCAGAAAACCAACCCGUUCUACGAGGAGUGGUGGUUCCUGGUGGUCGUCGCCCUGGUCGGCCUCAUCUUCAUCCUGCUCCUGGUCUUCGUGCUCAUCAUCCGGGGCCAGAGCAAGAAGUACGCCAAGAAGACGGACUCAGGGAACAGUGGCAAGGCUGGUGCCCUGGGCCAUGGGGAGAUGAUGAGCUUGGAUGAGAGCAGUUUCCCUGCCCUGGAACUCAACAACCGGCGCCUCUCCGUCAAGAACUCCUUCUGCCGGAAGAACGGCCUGUACACCAGGUCUCCGCCCCGGCCUAGCCCGGGCAGCCUGCACUACUCUGAUGAGGAUGUCACCAAGUACAACGACCUCAUCCAGGCAGAGAGCAGCAGCCUGACCGAGAAGCCCUCGGAAGUCUCCGACUCUCAGGGAAGCGACAGCGAGUACGAGGUCGACCAGAACCACCAGAAGGCCCACUCCUUCGUCAACCACUACAUCAGCGACCCCACCUACUACAACUCCUGGCGGCGGCAGCAGAAGGGCAUCUCGCGGGCCCAGGCCUACAGCUACACGGAGAGCGACUCGGGGGAGCCGGACCACACCCUCUACCGCCCCCCCAGCAGCCUGGCCCCCGGCUCCCGGGCGCCCAUAGCAGGAUUUUCAUCGUUCGUUUGACGUCCGAAGAGGAACAAGGAAGACGGCACCGGACUCCCCUCCACCGUCCCCGCACCGCCUGCCAGAAAACAAAAACACCAGGAAACAGAGUCAACUGUUCAACCUCCUGAGUUUAUUUUUCCAGAGAUUCCAGGGCCAGCAGAGCCAGAGGGGGAAGGAGGGAGAAGAAAACCAGGAGCCCACGGGUGGCCGGCGGUCGGUCAGCUUCGUGACUGCGGGUGGGCGCAGAGCUGCGGGAGCCGCCGGGGUGCACAGGACUGGGUUGGGCCCCUGGAGAGAGGAGAAGAAGAGGAGAGGAGGGCCAGAGGGCUGCAAGGCAGGCCUGGCUGAGGGGAGAAGCUUCUGGAAGCCUGAGCGGCUGCCCCCCUUCCAACAUGUGCUGGAGCGCUGGGCCCGCGGCUGGCUGGUGCUAUGCAAGGAUGGGUGUCACUGGGCACAGCUCUCCUCCUCUCUCUUCACCCAACCACUGCCAUGCGUGUCCCUGUUACUAGUGGGCAUUGGUGAUCCCUGCCACCCCCUGCUGCCCCCUGUCCUGCUCCUCACCCUCACUGCCCCCUCCUCACCCUCACUGCCCCCUCCUCACCCUCACUGCCCCCUCCUCACCCUCACUGCCCGCUUCCCCUACUCAGCUUCCCCAUCAAACAUUUGAAAGGUGAGAAUUUGCCUUGCUAGCUCCUUGUUCCUAACAUGCUUUUUUCUUGC